AUGUUUAUCGCAGGCAAAAUGCAACGCUAUGAAAGGGACGACGAUCCCCUGAAUCGGCCGAUCCAGCGGCGGGAGACGACACCGGCGCGAAUCAUGGAGCAGCCAGUGCCGCUGACGCCGUCGUCGAGACAGCCCACCAGCUCAUUCCGGCGGCGGGUGCCGGCCCAGCCCGGCAUAGUGAAUGGAGCCGGAGUCCAGGCCUUUUAUACGCCGUAUGCGCCAUAUUAUCCCGGCAGCACGCCACAGGCAGUGCCCAUGUACUACCAGCCGCAGCCGAUGCACUUCAUCAGCAUGCAGCCACAGCUAGGCAUGCCCGACCCGAGCCUUAUGGGCUCGUCGACAGCACUGCUGCCGGGCGUGCCGCUGUCUUCUCUCUCUAACAGCGGCGCCAGGGCCUCGCGGUCGCGGUCGCGGUCUCGGCAGAGAUCUCGGCGUCGCUCCCCUGUUGACUUGAGAGCAUACUCCAGAUCGAAUAGGUCCCGUUCCCGGAGCAGGUCUGCGGGCGAUAGACGGCAGAGGAGCAGGACACCGCCGCCACCGCCGUCGCCACCACGGUCGAUCCCAGUGAUAAUAAACCGCCGCGGACGCUUCGACGACGACGACGAUGAAUUUGAAGAUAAUUCCUCCUCUACCGUCUACUCCUUUACACCAUCGCGUAUGUCACGCGCCGCGUCGACGCAGCCAAGCAGCACACAUGCAGAGGACAAACCAUUCGAGAAGGAUGAAGACGAUGCCAAUGGUGGUGGUGACGGUAUUAGAAGCAGUGGUGGCGGUCAAGGCUUGCGAAAGGAGCCAGAUCGCGGGCUUCGCCUCUCGCACAUCCUUGAAUCGUGGUACGACGGUGAUCACACGCUGGGCGGCUCACACGGCGCCAAGAUCACAGCCGUACAAAGCAGCAGACUGAAAUAUCAGCCUCUGUUUCGGUGGUUACAUUGCACACGGAAUCACAUGGAUUUUGAAGACUUUUCGAAGGAGGUCACGCGCAUCCCAGACCUGACCGCUGCCGAGGAGAAGGGCAUACGUGAUCUGCUCGCCCGCGUGCAGCGAAAGUUUGUCAAAACCGUCCAGACGGCCAACGGCAACAGCGUCCGCCACAUGGAGCCCACGUGUAUACAGCAUGUGCUGCCGCCUGAUGGUACUUCUAAGGCACCCAGCGUCGCUCGCCGCACUGUAACCUGGGUUUGUCUCCCCUACUUUACCCUGGAGAAGUACUCAGGGCUGGAGGGAGCUCCUCAGAAUCCAGCCGCCUUUCCGAUAGAGACAUUGCUACAGGCCAAGUUUUCAAGAGCAGGUAGAAAUCGAGAUAUGCGCCAAGCGGUCUGCCAGAGCAAGGACACACCGACUGGCCUCUGCUUCCACGUCGCACAGAUGUGGUGUCUUGUGCUCGAUAAUUCAUUCCUAUUCACGUAUAGCCGCAUGGCAGAGGAGACCCUUCGCGGUGACUCGGUUAGCCUAACCGUCAAAUCCUCCCAAGAUAUCUCCAACGCGAGGCCUCAAGCGAUCAUUGCAGUGUCCUACCGGCAAACUGUGUUGUGGUCUAUCCCUGUUGAGGAAUGUCAGACAUGGCUGGAUUUCCUUUCUCACUUCCGGGAUUUCUGGCCUCGGAGACUACAAUUCUUCCGGAGGAGACGGCCAGUGACGGCUGAUGACUGGCCACGAAUUUGGAAUAUGGCCAAACACGUCAGUGACAAGGUCACGCUUGAGAUGAGAAUCGGAAAUCCCCCUGGACCGCCACCAGCUGGCGUUCUGAUGCCCAGGGACAUUGACGAAAGUGUUGAGAGAGAAGUGAUCGCUGGGGCACAUGUGCAGCCGCAGCCACCGCCGGGACGGAGCCAUGCAACGUCGGAAAAGCUCGUCUCAGGCCAACAUACUAAGCCUAUGCCGGGAAUCUCCAAAUCAACGCCCUCAUCUAGGUUGUCUAUCUUCUCCUGUCUUAUUGGCGUUACUCAUCCCGACUUCGACACGAUCGACGAGGAAGCUCUUGACGACCACCUGCGCGAGGUGGAAGACUAUCUACUCUCUCGAACCAGCUUCAGUGACCGCCGCGCUUACACUGCCUGUCCUGAUGCCACCCGGUCUGAGGUCUAUGCCUUUCUUGAGAGCCAGGGUGUGGAACUCUCGAAGAGCGACGACAGCCAGCGCGUGUGGCAGCGGGACUACGAAGCAAAGCUAGAUAUCUUCAACGCAGCUGAUGUGGUUUUCAAAUUCUUCUUUCCGCUCGGAGUCGAGGCCCCAACAAUUUCAAAGUUUUGGGGUGCGCUCCAAAUAAUCAUCACUGACGGCGGACUCACUGCUUCGACCGACAUGGAGGACGGCCCUCGACGAAUCGGGCGACCUGUGAUACCCAAGUACGCCAUACAGAGCAUGCGGUCAGAGCUGCGUGGCCUCUGUGUCGAUUUGCAAGCCUUUGACGAGAUCUUCGCUCACUCUGGAAAACGGGAGCAGGCUAGAAUUGCAGUGCCCAAGGAGAUCAUCGAGGGCUGGAUCCACCUCCUCAUGAGCCUCAUAUACUUGCCCAAAGCCAACGAGAAGAGCGAGCGGCUUCUUGACGAUGCCAAGGCCCUCAUCCGCAGUGGCAUGGCCGCAGUGGUUCGCUCGUUGUCAGCAAAGUCACUGCUGGACAACUCCGUUCUCUUGCCGCUGGAGCUUCUGUCUUUACUGAAUCUGAAGCUGCUGCAGGAUAUGACCGUAGGGCGGCCGGAUAUCAGCGAGUGCUAUUCAGCGUCUCUCGAAGAAAUGGAGGCGGAGAUCGCGUUCAAACCGUCAGACCGAUCUCGAGAGUAUCGCACCAGCCUCCUUGCAGAAGAGAUAUCGGUCGUGCAGCGAAUUGUUGACACUCAAACGUCCAUCUUCCAGUCGCUGCUGAGCUUCACGCGGGAGACAGGCCAGGACGAGCCAGCGCGGGGAGGCUACUCUGCACCGGUGCAUCACGCCGAUUCACGCUACCGGACUCGAGACAGGAACACUUCCGACACAGUGUACCAUUACCGUGAUAGCGGCCGGACGAGGAUCCCCGCCUCAGAAUAUCGAGAGGCGCUACCUGACCGCUCACAAUACGGGCCGUCAUCGCGCGAGAGAACACGAUCGCACUCAUACGAAGGAGACGAGCCCACCAUGUACUACUCCGUCCCGCCAUACGUCGCGGCAAAUGAUCCGUCGACCGGUUUCAAUCUUGCAUCGACUGAUCCGGGAGGCUACCGCGUCCUGCUGCUGAACGAAUGCCUUCAGUUUCUGGCGGGACGCGAUAGGGAUUUCGCUGGUUUCCGAGGCUGGGCGUCGUUCCUCGAGAAAGUGAAUCGCAAUAAGAUCGACACCACCAAAGAUCGGCACGACAAUGCCAUCUACGCCUUUACCAUUGUCACCAUCAUCUUCCUGCCCCUCAGCGCCGUCGCGAGCAUCUUCGGCAUGAACACGAGCGACGUGCGCAACAUGGACGGCGGACAAUGGGUCUACUGGGCUGUUGCCGUACCUGUGACCGCCGUGGUUAUCUUCCUGGGCCUGCUCUGGACCGGCGAGCUGGGCAACAUUGUGCAAUGGGUGCUGUCGUUUGGCCCACGCCAGCAGGGUUACCAGUCUCUGCCAGAUGAUAUAUACUAUGACUAUCCACCUCGACCGCCAACCCUUGCGCCCAUGCCAGGCCGGCCGCGAAGAAGACUAUCUGAGAUAGCGCCAUCCCUUCUGGAUCCAAGGUCUACAGAGGGUAAGCCCCCAGGAGGAAGGAUCAAGAAUGGUAACAUACUCUAGAUUAACGCUGGAAUAAGUAAGUGAUAAUUAACGCAUGUCAGUAAAAAUGUUGACAAGCUGUCUAAUACG